AUGGCAUCCUACAAGAGGCAGAGCAAGGAACAGCUGUCCAGACUCUGUGAGGAGAGAGGGAUUGCAGUAGCGAAUCAGACCAAGGAAUGGCUUAUUGCAUCCCUGCUUGAAAGUGACCAAGAGUCCAGCACUGGGCAGGUGGGCCAAACCAUGGACAUUGCUAUUGGCCAGUACCACUCUGAUGAGAGUGGCAGCAACAAGAGGGAGGCAGCUGAGCGCCAAGCCGAGAGGGAAGCAGCAGCAGCAGAGAGGGAGGCAGCUGAGCGCCAAGCAGAACGACAAUUCCAGCUGGAGAUGGCACGGCUCCAAAAA